GCAGAAAACUUUAUCAAAGCAAGAAAAAAUCAUCUCCGUUUUGCAGGCUGUCCCUUGUCUAUACCAGUGAAAGAGGAAGUGCAUACUGCCCAGGGAUCUUCUUGGUGUUUCCCACUGGGCAGACACACAACAAUCAUUCAAUAGACUGAAGCAGUGGGAUGAGAAUCUGCUACCCUGUUUUGCUUUCUUAAUGAAACCACCUGUACUCUUCAUGGUUUUAAAAAAAAAAAAAAAAAUAGUAACUACUAGAGCAAAACAAUGUGGCCGGACCUGUCAUUUACUCCAUCCUUUAUAGUGAUGCUACAGGACAGAGAGGAAUGGAUAAAAACAUUGGUGAGCAACUCAAUAAAGCAUAUGAAGCCUACCGACAGGCAUGCAUGGAUAGAGAUACUGCAGUAAAAGAAUUACAACAAAAGCAGACUGAGAACUAUGAGCAGAGAAUACGUGAGCAACAGGAACAGCUGUCACUUCAACAAACUAUUAUUGACAAGCUAAAAUCACAGUUACUUCUUAUGAAUUCCAGUCGAGAUAACAGUUAUGGCUAUGGUCCUCUGCUUGACGAUGGUGAAACAAGGAAAAGUAAUAUGACUCUUGAUCAGCCACAUGAUAAAGUGAAAUCAGGAAUACCAAAAGAAAAACAAUCAAAGGUCAGAAGACAAGACAUUUCUUUCCCUAGAAAAGAAACUUCAUCAAGGAGUCCUGGCAUUCCUUUAAUCCAUGAAAGGGAUAAUUUAGAGAAGACUUUCUGGGAUCUAAAAGAAGAAUUUCAUAGAGUAUGCAUGCUUGCAAAAGCACAAAAAGACCACUUAAGCAAACUUAAUAUACCAGACACUGCGACUGAAACACAGUGCUCCGUGCCUGUACAGUGUACAGAUAAAACAGAUAAACAAGAAGCGCUAUUUAAGCCUCAGGCUAAAGAUGAUAUAAAUAGAGUUGCACCAUGCAUUACAUCUGUCACACCAAGAGGACUGGGUCAAGAUGAGGAAGACACCUCUUUUGAAUCACUUUCUAAAUUCAAUGUCAAGUUUCCACCUGUGGACAGUGACUCUACUUUCCUACAUAGCACCGCAGAGAGACCGAACAUCCUUGGCCCUGCCACACGUGAGGCAGCAUGUCCAGACAAAUUCAAAAUAGAGCUCAGAGACAACCAAGGAAAUGCUGUUAAAUCAGAGGAAAUUUUAUUUGAAAUUCAGGGACUUGAUCCCAUAGCUUCAGCUAUACAAAAUCUUAAAACAACUGACAAAUCAAAACCUUCAAAUCUUGUUAACAAUUUUAUCAGGACAACUCUGGAUAGAGCUUUGUGUUUGCCCCCUGGAGACCAUAAUGCGUUAUAUGUAAAUACAUUCCCACUUCAGGACCCAUCUGAUGCACCUUUUCCCUCACUGGAUUCCCCAGGAAAAGCUAUCCGAGGACCACAGCAGCUGCUUUGGAAGCCCUUUCCUAAUCAAGACAGUGACUUAAUGGCACUAAGUGGCACAGGCUCAGAACUGCAUAUACCUGGAGUGUGUGAAUUCUGUCAAGCAGUUUUCCCACCAUCCAUUACGUCCAGGGGGGAUUUCCUCCGGCAUCUUAAUUCACACUUUAAUGGGGAGACUUAAGACACACUGAAGAAAAUAAUCAAGUUCUGUGUUAUGAUUUGGGGUUUGUAAUACUAUAAAUACUUGAUCAUAAUCUAAACUGAAGAUCAUUUAUAGAAGUGUCAUGGUUAUUUAAUUUUUUUCUAAGCUUAUUUUGUAACUUUUACCUUUUAAAAGAUCAUUGUUUAAAAAUCUAAUGUUAUACUCUUGUUUACAAUAUUACUCAAAAUUAUGUGUGACUCAAUGGAGCUGUAUAAUCAUAUUUGUUUAAAAUAUCUAAGC